GCCGUGUGUCGUGAUCGCUAACGUCUCACGGUAUGUGGAAAGUGGCAAUGUCGGAGGAGGUGGGAAAGGCGCUCCAGUCCGUGGCCGAGCGGGUGAAGCUGGCUGCCGCACGCCGGCAGAAGACUCUUCCCUCUGUGUCUCCACGUCUCGUUGCCGUCAGUAAAACCAAACCUCCUAUAAUGGUGGUGGAGGCCUACAGACACGGACAGCGCAACUUCGGAGAAAACUACGUAAACGAACUCAUUGACAAAGCCUCAGAUCCCCUUAUUUUAGAAUCCUGUCCCGACAUCAAAUGGCAUUUCAUUGGACAUCUUCAGAAAAACAACGUCAACAAACUUUUAGGAGUUCCAAACCUGUUCCUGGUGGAGACGGUGGACUCGGUGAAGUUGGCUGACAGAGUGAACAGUUCUUGGGAGAGGAUCCGAGGAGGCAGCCCCCAAAAGCUCCAAAUCAUGGUUCAAGUCAACACCAGUGGAGAACAGAGUAAACAUGGGCUCCCCCCAGAGGACACAGUGUCCACAGUCAAACACAUCGUCUCUCGCUGCAGCGCUCUUCACUUCACUGGACUCAUGACCAUCGGUCGCUAUGGCUACGACCUCACCCUCGGACCCAACCCAGACUUCCAGAUGCUGAUCAGUCGGAGGCAGGAGGUGUGUGAGAGCCUGAAGUUGCCUGUGGAGGAGGUGGAGCUCAGUAUGGGGAUGUCCACAGACUUUGAACAUGCUAUUGAAGUUGGCUCUACAAACGUUCGAGUCGGGAGCAUCAUCUUUGGGAACAGAGAGUAUCCGAACAGCGCGGCCAACACUCCGACUCCCAGCCCUGAGAAAACUUCCAAAAUGGUCUGUGAGGAGGCGGCCCGGAAAAUGCAACAGCACCUCACUGUGUCCGAUCACUGACACUACAACAGGAACUAACACUGAAGCUACCACAUUAACUUAAUUCCAGCUAAACUACUGAAACGACUGAGGGGGCGGGGUUUGGCGAGCUUUAGGGAUGUCACUUUUUAUGUUUUUUUGAUUAUUCGAAGAUGGUAAACGAUGCAGUUGUUUUUAAUGUUGGAGCUGGAAUGGCAGGGUCCCUCAUAUUUCAAUGCCAUAUUUUCAGUGUUUCUCAAACUGUGGUACGUGAGCUCUUGGAGGGGUUAUGUGAGAUCCUCUAUAGUUCUAAUACGGCCUCGGUUUCCAAAUAGCCAAUCAGGAAUGAGGUAGUUCCCCUUGCUAAGCGCUUGUCCCCUGCCAAACCGGAGGCGUGGGCGCUUAGCAACACUGUCAAUCAAACGUUUUGCUAACACUAGUGGGAAAGAAGGCACCUAAUUAUUUAUUAAUGUUCAUAUCUUAAUUUACAGACACAAUAGUGAAAUAAAAAUGAAAGGAUCAGCAGUUAGAGAGAGAGGCCCUGCUUUUUACAUGGAAAGUGAAUUGGAGCCAGAGUCGAUGUAGCAGGAAGAGCGCCCAUGCUCACUUCCUGUUUGGAACGCGGCGGCAGUUUGUUCUACUUUUUUUGUCCUCUCUUGGGUAAUUCUUGGUGGGAAUUACAGUAGCAAUGUUGUAUUCCCAUUUUAGACCUUUUUUAUACCUGGUUUAUUCCUGAUAUAAUACUACUACAGACUUGGUUUAUAUCUGGUGGUACUGAGAGGGUCGACUGCAGUACUUGGGUGUUACUCGGCUCACGAUACCGAUACUUUACCAUAUGUUUGAACUGGUAUAGAUCAGGCUGACACAGGAGGUCCAAUGAUAUCACUGUUUUUUAAGAUUUACAUGAGUAGAUGCAGUAAUUUUUAUGAUUGGUGAAGAGUUUAGUUUUUUUUUUCCAAAAAGCUACAAUAAAAAAACAAAAAGUGAUUGGAAAAAUAUUUUAAAAUAUGAAAUGUGUUGAUGAAGUGAUGGAGCGGUGGAUGUUACUAUAGUGUCAACUUAAAGAGGGGGUAUUAUGCAAAAUUGACUUUUUGGAGCUUUUUCCCAUGUUUUAACGUUGUUUCCUCAUCAAAAAUAUGCCUGAAAAUGUUUUAGAUGUCAUCCAUGCAAGUUUGAGUAAUCUAAUGAUCUCUCCUGGGCCUUAUUCAAACCCUCUUUGAAAAGCACAGCCUUCUUUCCCUCCACAAAAGGUCAACAUUCUUCCCUUCAACACAAACUAAAGAGUCAGGAUUUCUGCUCAAAUUGGCUGAAGUUUGUUAAGGUCUGUUUGGGCACUUCACCUUUGGCUCCAACCAAACCUCUGUGCUGCUCUGUGAUUGGUCCAGGUUACAUUUUAAUGCGCUGUUUUCAAAUAUAGCAUUUUCAAAACAACAUAAGGAAACAGGGUGAUCUGCAUGUGUUCUGUGUAAUACCUCCUCUUUAAUGAAACUCUUAAAUCAGUUUCAGUCUUACAGUAAAGGCACUGUGGCAGAGUGCCUCACAGCUAGAUCAUCCCUACCAGGUCCUGUAUAAAUCUGUAGAAUAAAAACACUAUUAUAUUUCUAUAUUGUUUUUAUAGCCUGGCCUGACAAGACUGCUCACUUUGUGUUUUGGAUCAGAUUAGGGACUAAACUAAACUAGACUUUAAUGGAAACUUUGACAUCUUUAAACUUGUACAGCUUAAGCCUUAGCCCAAGAAGUUGUGCUCUUUUAACCCCUUGUACAGAUCUAGAAUUCACUUUAUAAUAAUAAUUUACUUUAGGGUGAAAUCUUCCAUCUUACAUUUGUCUAGCUUAUCUAAGGCCAAUGAGUGACUUAACCUUAAAGGUCCUAUAUUACGCAAAAAUUGAGUCAUAAUGUUGUUACCUCCUCAUAAACAGACCUGGAGUUGUGUUUUGUUUCAUUCACACAUGUUUGAGUAACACUUUAUUAUUAGUCUGUCUACAUCUCCAAAGCUCAAAAUCCUCUGUUCCAUCUUGUGAUGUCAUGAGGUGGUAGUUUUCAAGUGAACAGCUCCUUUUACCUUUAGUUCAGUAGAGAUGGGUAAUUCCAGGGCUGAAAUCAUUAAAAUGAUUCUAAUGCAUGGAGUUUCAAACUGCAGUGGAGCACUUCCCGUAUUACCACAUGACAUCACCAGGUGGAGUAGAGUUUUUAUUUUUGAGAAAACUCGGCCUAAAUAUACAGAGUUUGAGUGUUAAACAUGUGAAUGAAACAAAACACAACUCCAGGUCUGUUUGUGAUGAGGAAACAACAUUAGAACAGAAAUCAGAGACUAGUGUAACAUGGGCCCUUUAAUACUCGAGUAGACAUAACUCAGACUGUGUAGCUACAGUCUGAAAAUAAUCAUAUUUUUAAGAAAACAAAUCACACUGCAAAAAAUAAAUUUCUGCACAAGUUAAAAUUCAAAAUAUUAAUCUUGAUUUAAGUAAUUAAAUAGAUAGAUAGAUAAAUAGAUUUAAACUCUCACUAUUUAACUUUUCUGAUGGCUCGGCUUAUUCGACACAUUUUUGCUUUGCUUAGAAAUGUUCCACAGUAUGACGUUAAACUCCAUGGACACAAGCAAGUGGCACUACCGGGCCAAAUUACAGGUCAGAUCUGCAGAGAGGUGACGUAGCUCUCAGAAAGAUUUCAUACUUUUCUAUGUAUUUUUUUUAGGAAUAAACAUCUGUAAAUGAGUAAAUGUAUGAUGGAUGUGUUUAAUGCUUUAUUGUGGUACAUCCCAGACAAAUGAUAUCUCCAUGGAGAUGAGCAGGUGGCAGACGCUCCAUCAGAAAAGUUACGUAAUGAAUCUUUAAGUCAAUUUAACUGUGUAGAUCUAGAUUUUUGCAGUGUGGAUAUUACAUUUUGUACAUAUUAAACUCAUCAAUGUCAAAUGUCCCAGAGGUCACUGGAUUUGAACCAGCUCUCUGCUUUUGUUGUACAGGAGCAAAAAAGGCUUAAAAUGCUCUCAUAUUAUGUUCUGUCAGGCUUUUAGAGGACGGAAGGGCACCUGACACAUGAUGAAUUCUCUCUGAAAUGUUUGAUUUAGCAUAAUAUGGGAGCUUAAAACCCAGAGAUGGGCGAUAUGACAGAUUUUACUGAUUCUAAUGCUAUUUUGUAUUAAAAAAAACAUUACACAUUUUGGUCAAAUUGUUUGUUAUAAUUUGGUGUUUGGGUUCAAGACGAUUAUCCAAUCAGAAAGCAGAAAGAGCCUCACAUGCAGGGUUUGUGUGUUUAACAUGUGAGAAUGAAACAAAACACAACUCCAUGUCUGUUUGUGAUGAGGAAACAUUAGAACAGAGAUCAGAACAUAGUAUAAAAUGGGCCCUUUAUGGCUCUGGACACAGGUUCAUUUGUAGAAACCUACUGUGACCUUAAGUGUGGUAAGUCUUGGUCAUAUGGCUCGUCUCUGUGUCACAGGCCCUUUAUACAGCGGUGUAGUCUUUGUUUUGUAAGGUGAUUGUGGUUGGUCAAAUCUUUAUUCUUGAUAUUAAAAAGAAAACCGUGCUCUGUUAAAAUGUUCAAGUCUCGUUAAAGUGGUUGUGUGUGCGCUGUGAAGCUAUGCAAAGAUGUACACAGACUUUUGUCAUGAGGAGACAGUCCAAAAUGGUUCAAAUAAAAGAUUUUAAGGUUUG